AUGAAGCCUUCCACCAUCCUCUCCGUCUUCACUGUGGUAGCCACUGUCUCAGCAGUGCCCACCAUGGAACUUGAACCGAGAGCAGCUCCAACAUGCCCUGCCGGAAGCUUCAAGCAGAUCUGCCUGCCCGGCGGACUGUUCAACAUCAUCAACACGCUUCUCGGCAACAUCCUCGGCACUGUCCAGAUUUUCGGUACCCCUUGCGGCGGCACGAUCAAGUGCUGCACUACUUCCUCUGGAAUCGGCUCCAAGAUCAAGGUCAGCGGACUCAAAUGUGUCGCUCCUACUACGCCAACCACCCCGACCAUUCCACCCGUGGUGUCUGCACUUCCACCUGUCAUCCCACCCGUGGUUUCUGCCAUCCCGCCUAUGGUGUCUGCCAUCCCACCAGUCAUCUCUGGUGUGGUUUCCGCUAUUCCACCAGUGGUCUCCGCUGUCGUCCCACCCGUGGUUUCUAUCGUAGCACCCGUGGUUUCCGGUGUGGCUUCCGUCGUGGCGCCUGUGGUUUCAGUCGUAGCGCCUGUGGUUUCCGGCGUGGCCUCUGUCGUUCUACCAGUGGCAACACCCAUCCUUGAACCAGUAGUCUCCGCCGUAGUACCAGUGGCGACACCCAUCCUCUCCGUCGUAGUACCAGUCGCGACACCCAUCCUAAACCCAGUACUCUCUGCGGUCGUGCCAGCGGCAACACCCAUCCUAAACCCCGUCGUCUCCUACUUUCCAUCGCUGCACCGGUAG